AAAAGAGUUUUUCAAAUUAUUGAAUUUAGUUUGUCGAAAAAUCUUGAACGGAAACCUUUUUCGGAUAACGGAAGUGUCUUGUGAAUUAUUAUUCUUUAAUGUAAAGACUUAUAUAUAUUUAUUAUAUACACAUGCAUACACGUUCACACAUAAUUCGAAUAUUUACAACUAAAAAUAAAAACAUUUAAUAUAAAGUUUUAGUUAAAUAAUGUUUAAAUCAUCGCAAGAAAUACGUUUGAAUACGAGUGAAGCCGCCGCUGCGGGACGUUACACAAACAAUAGUAACGGAGAAGAUUUUUGUAUUUUUGGAAAAUAUCAAAAAACACCAGACGCUGAUGACAAAUAUUGCACCUCAGCGCAUCAAGUAUUUGUGGCCCCGGAAUUAACGGACACCAGUCGUGUGCAGUUAUUGCAUUUUCCCAACGGCGCUGUGCGCAUUAACACCGAGAUUACAUUCAUUAUAAAGAGGAACGGCGUUAAAGGGAACUUUGAAGUCAAGUUGGAAAGUCCAUCCGGCCGGAUAAUAUAUGUACCUUUAAAGAUCAACGAUCCCGAAAGAUUUGAAGUAAAAUUAUUGAUAACUGAAGCCGGUCUUUAUAAAGUGCACAUCAAGUGCAAUUCAGUAUUAUUGCCAAAGUCACCCUACAUCUUAGUAUCGAUAACAGGCAGUGAAAUGGAGACGGAAUUUAAUAAAAAACCGCAAUUACCAGUUUUUAGAUCGGAUGCGUCGAAAGUAGUACAGUAUGGCUUGAGUGCGCAUCUACGCAUAGGUUUAAAUAAGAAAAAUGAAUUCACUGUCGAUGGCUCGCGGGCGGGUAACAACAUAUUAUUUGUGGGCAUUUGCGGCCCGAACGGUCAAUGCGAUGAGGUGGUUAUAAAACACGAGGGUAGGAAUAUUUAUAAAGUGACCUAUCAAAUACAGGAUCCGGGACAGUAUAUAUUAGCUGCCAAAUGGGGUGACGAACACAUAUCGGGAUCACCUUUCACCUUAAGUGCCAUCUAACGACGAACAACUACGUACGGACAUAGCGUGAUUGUUUAUUGCGCGCGAAUUUAUGUUACGUUUAAUAAGAAAAUUUUUAACGUGAAAUGAAAUAAAUAAAUUAUUUUAUCAUUUAUUAUAAACAAAAAAAAAUUAAAAUUUUCUAAAUAAUUGCCUGAUAUGCUAAUAUCAA